AUGCGCACACAGCUUGUUGGUUUUUGUUUGGCAAUGAUCGGCUUCCUUGGCACCAUCCUCAUCUGCUGCCUGCCCAUGUGGAAGGUGACAGCCUUUGUGGGAGCAAACAUCGUCACGGCUCAGGUCUUCUGGGAAGGAUUGUGGAUGAACUGUGUGAUCCAGAGCACCGGACACUUGCAGUGUAAAGCCUAUGACUCGGUUCUGGCUCUACCACAGGGACUGCAGGCCUCCAGGGCUCUGAUCUGUGUGUCCCUCGGUGUCAGCGGGGCGGCCAUUGGGCUCACCGUGGUCGGAGCGAGCUGCACCAACUUCUUUCGUGACGACUGGCGGAACAAAGCCAACAUCGGCACAGCUGGGGGUGUGGUCUUCAUAAUAGCAGGGCUCCUGUGUCUAAUCCCUGUCAGCUGGACGGCCCACAGCAUCAUCACAGGUUUCUACAACCCCCUGGCCACCACUGAGAGGAGGGGGGAGCUCGGGGCCUCCAUAUAUGUGGGCUGGGUGUCUGGAGCUCUGCUCGUCAUUGGAGGAGGAAUAUUGUGCAGCACGUACAGGUGCUGA